AUGUCCGUGAAACUCAAUGAUGGAUCUCGCCAAAUCAAUCAAUAUCACAUCCUCAAAUGCCUGGGUCGUGGCAUGUUUGCGACAGUGCAUUUAGGUGAGUUUGUCGAUGAGGAUGGACAACACCAGUAUGUGGCCAUUAAGGAGUUUGACAAACGUCGCCUGUGCCGAAAGCGCCAUAUGGAUAUGCGUGUUCAGAUGCGCGGGAAUUUGCGCGCAAUGAACGACAAAGACCCACUCUACCUGGUGCGUACGGAAGUGGCCAUUCUAAAAAAAUUAUGCCAUCCCCAUGUGGUGAGGCUCUAUGAAGCGUUAGAUGAUCCCGAUGAAGACAAACUGUUCCUUGUAUUCGAGAAUUGUCCGGGCGGUCCACUAUAUCACAUCGAGCCAGGUAAACAAAGUGAGUGUAUCCCUGAGGACAAAGCUCGCAUAUAUUUCCGACAAAUCCUUAGUGGCCUAGACUACAUACAUGCAAAUGGCAUUGUGCAUCGCGAUAUCAAGCCAGAGAACAUUCUUUUAGUGGACGAUAAUCAGUGUAAAAUCACGGAUUUUGGUGUAUCGGAGAUGGUGUUGGAACCCGGGGAUAAUCGUGUCAAGCGUUCCGUUGGUACACCUGCGUUCAUGAGCCCUGAGCUGUGCCGUAUGGGCUCAAAACAAUCGUCUCACGGAUGUCCUGAUGAUGUGUGGGCUCUUGGCGUCACACUUUAUACCAUUGUGAUCGGACACUUGCCGUUUGAUCGAGAAAAUCUCCUGGAUUUGUACGAUGCCAUCCAAUACGAUCAGCCAGAUUUAAAAGGAGCCCCUAGCGCCGAGUGUCGCGAUCUGCUCUUACAUAUGCUCGAUAAGUCCGAGUCUACACGCAUUACUGUCAAAGAGAUAUAUAACCAUCCUUGGGUUACACAACACGGCAAAGAGCCAAUGCCCUUGCCGGCUGCCACUGUACACGCCAAUUCGGAGCUGCCAGAGGUCACUGAGGAGGAUCUUUGUUGCGCUGUAUUUCGUAUUUCAAGUAUGUUCACUGUUGCACGUGCCGUAUCGAAGUUCAAACGGGCUGGUUCCCGGCGCGAUAGUCGAUCAACGAGUGCAUCUGAUGACUGUGAUGACCACGGUCAGAAUCCGCCUAAGAUGCGACCAAAGAGUGUACCUGGCUUUGGAUCGUCAGAUAUUGACAAUUGGGAUGCUAUCUAUGAGCAGAGCGCAAGCUUCCCGACCAAAAGUAGGCAAGUACAGUCUCCUGUACAAGAGAUCGCCAUGGCUAUGUCUCCUACGACCACGAUGGACCGGGCAACGACCGAGCCUUUCUGCGAGUCCUUGCCUCAAAAUGAUGCUUCACCUGGCAUCCCACUUUCAGCCUCCCCCGACAAUGCAAGUGACCCAGUCAUUUGCGUAUCGUCACCAACAGAAGUCGACAAAAUCGUUUCCCCAUUUUCUACGUGA